CAUCAACACAUCCUCAUCACCAACUAUCCAACUGUCUACAAAACACUUUCGUUAAACUCUUCAACUCCUUCCACUCGCUUCCAAACAACCAAACCAAAUCACUAAAUCCAAAAAUGCGUUUCACACUCAUCACUCUAACCUCCCUGCUCGCCCUCAGCAGCGCAAUCGCCCUCCCUCAACCUCAACUCGGCGGCGGUCUCCUCGGCGGUGGCGAAGGAGGUGAGGGAGGUGAAGGCGGCGAGGGCGGAGAAGGUGGUCCAGGUGGUCAGCAAGGCGGCGAAGGAGGCCCAUAUGGUCAGCAAGGCGGUGGCCAGCAAGGCGGUGGCGAGCAAGGAGGCCAGCAAGGAGGUCAAGGCCAACACGGUGGACAAGGCCAACACAGCCAACAUGGCCACGGCCACGGCCAAGGCGGCGGCCUCUGCGGUUCCUCUUCUCCCCUCUGCUGCCAGACUGGAUUGCUAGGUGUGUCGAACUGUGCAAGUGCCGGUGCCGUUGCCACACCCGACGCCUUCAAUGCCCAAUGCGCCCAAAACGGUCUGUCGGCUCAAUGCUGCAUUUUGCCUCUCGGUGGACUCGGUAACCUCGGCGGUGAUGGGUUGGUUUGCACGGCGCUUUUGCUGCUUGGGCUUGGGGUGAUCUAGAUGAGGCUUUCUUCUUCUGUCGAGUUGAAAUCGAGGGGAAAGCGCAGGUAAAGAUAAUACGCCGGGGGGACUUGUACACUAAUAUUUUUCCUCUUCUUCUUUUUCUUUCACUUUUACUUUGGGGGAUUUUCUUUGGGAUGGGGGGAUUGGGUAUGUAUAUGGAAUGGGAGAAUAGUAAUAGGGGUUUGGACCCGGGGUAAUCAUGGGGUAUACAAAUAUCAUAUAUAUUUUCUGGGA